AUGGUAAACAUUACAAAAGCAAAUGUUCACAUACUUUCCCGACCAUCACAGACUGCUGCUAUUCCCUCUCAGUCAUCUGCUGUAAAUAAGCCUGUAACAGAUCGUUAUAUUGAGCCAGCAAAUGCAACGUUUAUUAUGAACAAUUCCAUACUAAUCAAGAACAAAGUGGUUUUGCCAAGUAGAGUUUUUGAGCACAUUGUUCAAGAUGCAGAUUCUGUCGCUACUACUGUCCACACUACUUUAGCUGCUGCUACAACAAACGCCAAUCAAUUGGUCGGACAUUCACAAUCACACCGAGAAGCUGAAAUUUGUAAAGGACGGCCCACACAUAGGUAUGAUUUUCGACCUAGAGCACCUGCUUCACAAAGUGGUCAGCCUAGUGUGGCAGCUAUUGAUUUCAAUGAGUCGGUUCAAGUUGUCAACAAGAUAAAUCGAUUAGGCUUGAAUGCAGUGCAUAUCACGACCCCAUUUCCGAAAGCCUUGGAUGAUGUAUGCCAAAAUUCGAUGAAUGCCGAUAUCAAAGUGUUGGAUUCGCUGACCAAAACUUCGAGAUAUUUUACUUGCUGCAAUAUUCAGACAAGGGUUAUGGUAAGGUCUGAACCUCCAGCAUUUCGAAGGUCUACUCGUAAACGCAAGAGCUUGUUGAGCAAUCUGUCAGACCUUUUAUUAGCUGCAGAUAUGGACAUGGACAUGGAUGUAGAUACCACACACCAUGAGCCAACACCCAUGUCUUUAAAACCCUGUCGGCUUAUAGAUUCACCAGACUUUCUAACAUCAGAACCGGCUUGCAAACAAGCAGCCAAGCACAAAUAUAACUUGUUAGUGCGUGAGCCAACUUUAAAAACAGAUUCUAAAGCAAGCGGUCGAUCAUCAAAUCUUAAACUCGCUUCAGCCUUAAAACCCAAGCCGUGCAAGCGUAAAAGCGAAUCACAUAGUUCUGAUCCAUCACCAUCUCGACACAUAUCUAAAAGUGAUUCUCCUACUGCACCUCUACACAUAGGAGUUCAAUCGACUCCACAACUAAAAGGAUCAAAAAGAUUGAAGGUUGUUUUAUUGUCCAAUUCAAUGGCUACAAUAACUACGGUUAAGCAACCUUUAUUGGCUGGAAUUGACUAUUCAGACAUAUCUGAUUUGUCUGAUCAUCCAGACUAUUGUACUUUUAAAAGUUUUAUAGAUUUUGAAGCUGAUGUCAAGCAUACUCUUGAGAUAUCAAAGCCCUUGCCUACGAUUUCUAUACCAAAAUGCUCCAAACCCAUUCAAUCGCUCACAAGCUCUAUAAAAGCUGACUCUCAAGAAACCACAUCGCUGCUUUCUAUGUGGAAUCCAGAAUUGAUGUUUAAAAGUAGAGAUUCACCACUUUUAAAACUACACGAUAAUGCAAAAAAUCUAUUUACCAAGCAGAUCUGGGAUACGUUUAGCAACAAAGACCAGCAGGAGCUGCUUAAACUACUUCCUGCUGUUGAUUUGACUGUAGAAGCAACACCACCCAUCGAAUCCAUCUCUGAUCAUCAUGGCGAUGUAAGAUUGCAGCCACAGCUCACUAUUCGUGAUGGAUUGCUAAGACAGGAUUUUCAUCUAAAUGACUCGCUUGAAUUAUUUAUGGAGCACCUUUCUGGCGGCUUUUACCUUGACUGUGAACAAAGCUUUAUGGUCAAGAAUCUGCAAAAAAUGAUGAAAAUUUACGAUAAAUGGAAAGACGAGCAUUAUGAGGAUGUAUGGGGCGAUCAGUUGGACAUGGAUGAUAGAUCUGCUUGA